UUUCUUUUCCUCCCUCACAGUUGAUGACGUGUCUGCCUUGAGGAUCAUAGAUCGAAAACAUCACCAGGUCUAGCACUACUGAGUACGAGCUGUAGACGGAUGGUUUGGUCACAUUUGGCCAGGACAGAUUGAUGAGUGGAACGUAGCCUAUUUGGUCGUAUGUUGUUUCUACGGAGGGCUAGGGGAACAACACUUUUUCUUCCUCUUCUCUUUCUGUGUCGUGCACGGUACCGUUAGGAGGCUUGUAUGUCAGUACCACGAAGACAAUGGGAACCAGUAACUUCAGGUUCAGAUAUGUGUUUGGAACAAAACAUAUAAACGUUACAUGUUAUAACGAUGUUAUAUCGUGUGAUGUGUAUCACCAAACUGAUCGACAUUAAAAGCAGAAAACAUCGCCAUGAAAAUUGGACUACAAGGAACUGAUGGGAACUGUCCCUAGCUAACGUUAACUCAACUUAACGUUAGCCCUAUCGAUUCGGUAACGUUUUUUAACUGUUUAUUUCUGGAUAACUGUAUUCGGGAGGUAAUGUCUUCCAAAGGAACCCUUACGGUGGAUCCAGCAAGCAAGUGUUUUAUGGGACUGAGAAAUUUAAAACAAAUCGCUCUGUAGUUCUAUUGCUCUGAUUGACCUCUCAACAUCCGGUAACAAUUGCGAUGUUUGAAUGUCUGCAUUGAAUUGAGUGUCGGCUAUGUGACCACGACAGUACUGUGGCAUACUAGCUAAUUUUAAUAUCGUGAAGUGUUUCUCCAUGAUGAACUUGUAGCAAGCUACGUAAGUCACAUACAAUAGGAAGAUCGCUUCUCUUAAAAUAGCAUUCGUUUCGUAAAUGUAAUGCACUAGGGGUUAAUACUUUUGGGAACGAUUGCAUUUGAUGCGGCACAUUAUCACCGGGUUUAGGGGUGCCAGUGUGUCACCCCCAUUGUUUACCUGGUCAGAGUCCAAACAAAUAUCGAAUAAAAGUGAAACGAGUGGCGCUGGGUGCUAGUUUAAAGGCGUAGUUUUCUCUCCUGAAAAAGGACUUCAAAGCAGGCUGAUACAAGGUUUUUGACAGAGCGUUGCGAAGCUGACCCAGGUGCGCCAUGCGUCUGUCAUCUUUCCUCGCCGUAUUCCGGCCUGCCCUCCCCCUCAUCCUGGGACUUUCUUUGGGCUGCAGCCUGAGUCUGCUGAUGGUGUCAUGGACUCAGGGGGACACAGACGAGACUUGUGGUGAUGAGCCUGGGAAUGGGGGCCUAUUUGCUGGCGGUCAUUCGAGAGAACCUCAGGACAUACAGGCAGGUGGAGAUGGAAACGAAGACUUUCACCCGCGUAUUGUACCCUAUCACAAGGACCCAAACAAACCACACAAGAAAGUUCUCAGGACGCGCUACAUCCACACAGAGCUGGGCAUCAGAGAGCGCCUCCUUGUGGGCAUCCUGACGUCUCGUGCCACUCUGAACACGCUGGGCGUAGCGGUGAACCGCACGGUGGCGCACCACUUCCACCGGACUUUCUUCUUCACGGGCCUGCGCAGUGCCAAGGCGCCGCACGGCAUGUCGGUGGUCACCCAUGGCGAUGACCGGCCCGUGUGGCUGAUGUACGAGACGGUGCGUCACCUGCACCAGCACCAUGGCAACGACUACGAUUGGUUCUACCUGGCGCAGGACGACACGUACACGCAAGCCGAGCGUAUCAUGGAGCUGGUGGGACACCUGAGUGCCGGCCAGGACCUGUACAUGGGCCGUGCCGAGGAGUUCAUCGGCGGCGACGAGCGGUCACGCUACUGCCACGGCGGCUACGGCUACCUGCUCUCGCGCAGCCUGCUGGCCCGCCUGCAGCCGCACCUGGACUCCUGCCGCAACGACAUCCUCAGUGUCAGGCCUGAUGAGUGGCUGGGCCGCUGCAUCAUCGACUACCUGGGUCUGAGCUGUGUGGAGGUGCACCAGGAGAUGACAUACCGCUACUUUGAGCUGCGAAAGAACGCAGACCCGGAGCGCGAGGACAGCCCACAGUUCAAGAAUGCCUUCACUGUUCACCCAGUGUCUGAGCCCAGCCUGAUGUACCGCCUGCACAAGCGCUUCAGCCAGAUUGAGCUGGACUGGACGUACGCUCAGAUCCAGCAGCUUCAGGCCCAGAUCAGUAAUCUGAGUGAACUGACCCCUGAUGGCAAAGCUGGGGCCAUGUGGCCCGUAGGGAUCAACCCUCCCUUCCGGCCCAAGACUCGCUUUGAAGUCAUCAACUGGGAGUACUUCACAGAGGACCACAUCUACUCGUGCGCCGACAGCGCUCCCAAGUGCGAGCUGCGCGGGGCCGACCGUGCCGACGUGAGCGCCGUCCUGGAGACGGCCGUGGAGCGCCUGAACGAGCGCUACCAGCCGCAGCUGCGCUUCCGCAAGCGGCGCCUGCUCAACGGCUACCGCCGCUUCGACCCCACGCGUGGCAUGGAGUACCAGCUGGACCUGGCCCUGGAGGCCUACACUCAGAAGGGCCACAGCCAGGUGAUUGCCAAGCGCGUGGGGCUACUGCGCCCGCUGAGCGCCGUGGAGAUCAUCCCCAUGCCCUACGUGACGGAGGCCACGCGCGUGCAGGUCAUCCUGCCCGUGACAGCCCGCGAGCAGGACUACGUGGGCAACUUCCUGGACAUGUACGUGAUGAACGCGCUGGACACACACGACAACGUGCUGCUCACCUUCCUGUUCGUCUACGACCCUUUCGACGCGCAGCGCGUCAGCCAGACUGACGUGUUUGCUGGCGCCAAGGCCAUGAUCAGCGAGGUGGAGAAGCGCUACGCCGACGUGAAGAUCCCCUGGAUCAGCGUCAAGACGGAGGUGCCCUCGCAGGUCAAGCUCAUGGACAUCAUCUCCAAGAAGCACCCGGUGGACACGCUCUUCUACCUGGCCGGAGUGUGGACAGAAGUCAAUGCUGACUUCCUCAACCGGUGCCGCAUGAACGCCAUCAGCAACUGGCAGGUGUUCUUCCCCAUCCACUUCCAGGAGUACAGCCCAGCGCUGGUCUACCGCGACCAGCAGCCCUCGGCCUCCUCGUCCUCGCUGGGCCCGGAUGCGCUUCGCGACGGCCACUUCGACCGGCACGUGUUCGAGGAGGCUUGCUUCUACAACGCCGACUACAUGGCGGCGCGCAGCAAGAUGGCCGCCGACAUCCUGGACAACGACGAGCUGCUGGAGAGCAUGGACGUGUACGACGUGUUUGUGCGCUACUCGGGCCUGCACGUGUUCCGUGCCGUGGAGCCGGCACUGGUGCAGAAGUACGUGCGCCGCACCUGCAACCCGCGCUUCAGCGAGGACAUCUACCACCGCUGUGUGCUGAGCAACCUGGAGGGGCUCGCCUCACGCUCCCACCUGGCCAUGGCGCUGUUCGAGCAGGAGCAGGCCAACAGCACCUGAGCCCACCAGGGCGAAAGGACCCCCCACCCCCCCCACCCCCGGUGAGCCUGGGACCAGGGUCAAAAUGACUUGCUUUGCCUUUCCCAGACUUGCCUUGCUUAAAGACAGUCAAUCCGACCUUAUUCCUGAAUGGAGAACUGUUAACAUUUCAAUGCUGGGAUGAGUCACAUGAUGCCAUGUACACACCCUCUGGCACACUAUGUGCCGGGUGAUUUGGAACUUGCCAACAGAAAAGCUUGCUUGUUUACAAGUUUUCUGCUGUACUACAGCACAUAUUUCAAUGUUAAAAUGAACAGGGACGGCCAAAACAAAGCGUUUCAGGCCAUGGUAACAAUGUAUGCUCACUGUGCCAGUAAAGGAGCUGCCUUCUCCUGCUGUACAUGAGGCUGGGUGGGGGAUUGUUGGCAAAGGUCAGCUGUGUUUAUCUGAUCUUCCUUAAUGCUGUGAGACAGCCCUGAGCCUUUGGAUCUGUCAUUCGUGUACCUGAUUGUAUGAAGUUUGAAUGAAGCCAUGUCUUAAGUGUAAUAAAAAAAAUUAAUUAAUCUGAA